AUGGCAGGUGAUCCCAAUCAACAGCCCGUCUCUCAGUUCGCCGAAUCGCUCCGAGGGCAGUGUCUGUGCGGAUCCAUUAGUGUCACUAUCAAAGACCCUGAGCUAUUCACCCGCCGCCGCGGCCAUAUUUGCCACUGUUCUAAUUGCCGCAAGGUUUCCGGAAGCUACGCGUCUAUCAAUCUCAUCAUCGAGGAUGACAAAGUAGACAUUGUGGACCGGGAUGGAACCCUGACCGAGUUCAAAGACGGAGACACAUUGAGUGGAAAUACGUUGGGAAGGUGGUUUUGCUCUCGGUGCGGCAAUCCAAUAAAGUCGAUGAAUCCAGUCCUGAAAGGGAAGGUGAUUGUGAAAAUGGGCAUUUUCCCGCGCAUCCCGGCACCUGAGAUGGAGGCUUUUGCCUCGCAUCGGCACCCAUGGCAAGGCAAUAACCCUGACGUGAUUCAUUACAAGACAAAACUUUAUGGAGACACCAUGUAA